AUGACGAGUCAAGUGGCCAUCAGCUUAGACACAGACCAUCUCACCCCUCUUAGAGUAUCUCUUGACCGGAUUCUCUCCACCAAGCUGGCAGAAAUCACAUUUGCACAGAUUGUGGAUGGAAUCCCCAUCGAGCAGACUGAUACCAGGUGGCUAUUUGGCUACGAUCCGAAUAUUUCAGGGCGUCAAGCGCCAAGUGACAGCGCUCUGGAAGAGGUUGUGAAAUGGAGAUCCCAGUUCCAAGUGGAAAGCCUUGAGAUUGCCAGUGAUAUGGUUCAAGGAUAUCAAAAGACAGUCAAAGGGACACGAGAGUUCCACCUCUAUCUGAUUGGAAUGAUUGCUGUGUCUCUACAUACAGCUGCAUCCCUGCUGUUUACAUACACAAAUAAUCCCCCUUAUAAACGCCCCCAGCCGCAGUCUUUUGAUUUGUUUCCCAUCCCGGGGAUCCCCGGAUUUUCAGACUCGCAGGAAAUGCCCCCCAUGUCGCUACCUGAGGAUCCCACGUAUCUCUUCCAUGUGGAUUAUACUCUCCAUAAGCAGUAUCCUAUGGGAGUUGCUGAUAUGGUUGGAUACUGGGCAGAAUAUCGGGUGCUGGGUGGUGUUGUGUUGUUUGACUGGAAGUCUCAAGAGAUUGGAGACGUCUAUUUCCACCCCAGCGCUGGAUUCCGGGUUUUUAGGCUCUCAGAGGUCCAGAUGGAGCAAUUCAUCAGCUUUUGUCUUGGUGACAAUUCCCCCUCUCCAUUCCCCAUGACGGCAGAGCGACAGGCCCUGCGUAUUUACCGUGAUGAUACCUUUGACCUGCAUAUCUUCCGGGCCAAAUAUGAACGAAACAGGCCUGACGAAACGCUUACGCAGCAGCUGCAGGACGUGCAUUCGCCUGCAUCACAUCUCCAGGCCUUUUCACGCUUCCUCGGCUGUCGUGACUGUUUUCCUGCUUCACAGCUCGCCACAGCCCAGGGGAAUACGAGAGCCCCCGAUCGCAGUCGCGCAGAGAGAGACAACAGAGGCGACGACGACAGUGACGAAGACGCCGGUUUCCGUCUCGUCACAAUCAGACAAGCUGCUGAAGAGUGUGCUUUGCGAAAAAGAAGGGAAUAUCUGGCGAUGAUGCUGGUGGUCGUGUCGCCUGGACCUUUGCCAGCUCCCAGGCAGCCGCCCAGCUUCAACUCCCCCUCGGAGACGCCGUCAAGGCUACACUGGACAACAUCUUUCCCUUCUACCGAUCCCAUCUCUGGUCAGUCCAAAUGCUGUCCCGUGGGCACCAUGUUCGACGGCCACGCGUGUGUGCUGGGCAUCCCCAGCUGCCCGACCGACUACGACUUGCGCGACGGCAAGUGCGUGGCCACCUUUGACCUGCUGUGUCCCCCUGGAAGCUCGCUGCAGGGCGAGUACUGUCUCUCCAACGACCUUCCCAAGUGUCCCGAGCCCGCCCAGUGGGAUGGCUCCGCCUGCGUCGUGGGCGCGGCCUUCUGUCCCCCCGGCUACGAGCCCAAGGAAAACACCUGUAUCUCGGCCGAGCUGCCGCGCUGCCCGGAGCCGCACACCUACUACCAAGGCAUGUGUAUUGACAAGAAACCCCCCGUCUGUCCGGGGGGCAUGAUGCUCAAUGAUGGACACUGUGCCAGCUUGGAGCCGCCCCGGUGCCCGCCCGAGACCAAGUUCAACGACUUGAACCACCUGUGCACCUCAUUGACUGCCCCCUUCUGCCCCCCAGGCAGCAAGAUGGACCAGGGCGACUGCAUCUCCGAUAUGCCCCCGGUCUGCCCCAAGGACAGUGUCUACUCGGCGGUCCAAGGCCUGUGCAUCUCUCCCGUCGGCCUCAGCUGCGAGGAGGGUUAUCGCUUAGACCCGACGACAAACAAUUGCACCCACGAGGAUCAACCUGCCUGCCCCGCAGGCUUGGCUUUCUCCUAUAACCAAGACCUGGGCUCUGGCCGCUGCUGUCCCGCGCAGAUGACGUGGAACGGCAACACCUGCGUGCGCAAGCCCGGCCCCGACGGCUGCUUCGAGGGGCGAGGUGCCCGUCCCCGAGGGCUCCUGUCCGGCCCCAAGUGUCGCCCGGGCUUCAGCGUCGGCGACGGCAUCUGCAUCCACUCCGAACGGCCUCGCUGCGGUCACGACCACCAGUAUGAUCGCGAGCGCAGGCUGUGCGUCCGGAAUAUCAAGCCCGAGUGCGAGGACAAGCGCACCGUGCUGCAGGGCAACGUGUGCGUGCACAAGACCCUGGGGCCAACCUGCCCCAAGGACUUCGCCCUCAAGGACAACCUCUGCAUCUCGACCACCGACUCGCCCGACUGUGUCGACGGCUCGUACAGAAAGGGUCACGUCUGCGUUGCGUCCGUGGCCCCAGGAUGCCCGUCCGACACCUUCCUGGUCAACAACCACUGCGUCUCCACCCACAAGCCCGUGUGUCGAGAGGGUUCCAUGCCGGACGGCAAAGGCAGCUGCAUGACAAGCGUCAAGCCCGAGUGUCCCGAUGGCCAGACCGUCACCACCGACGGCUGUCUGGUCGGCACCCCUAGAUGUCACGGCGACACCGUCUACGACCGCAAGGACCAGGUGUGCGUCGAUCGCAAGGAUCCAGACUGCCCCCCCGGUUACCACUGGACCAAAGACGACAACAAAUGUGUCAGCGACACCCUCGCCGACUGCCAAGAGGGCUACACGCGUCGUCAGAACGGCCAGUGCGAGUCCGACAAGCAGCCCGAAUGUCCCGUCCCACACACCCACUGGGAUCGCGACCGGCAAAAGUGCGUCGGCGACAGUCCCGUCUGCCCCCCGGGCCAACACUUUGACGGCAUCUCCGCUUGUGUCCUCGACCUGCCCCCGGACUGUCCCCAGGGCUUCAGCCUUCGUGACCACAAGUGUUUCGCCGACAAGGGCCCCGUCUGCCAGCCCAACACCCAGUUCAACAAGCACUCGGGCGUCUGUGAGGCCAUGCUCGAGCCCGAAUGUCCCCCGGGCUCCUCCUUUGUCCAAGGCCGCUGUGCCCUCAUUUCAGGCGACUGCAUCAACUUUCAGUUCUGUCCUCCCUUGGGGGCUCUGAUGCCGGGCAUGCUGGUACAGUCUAGCCCUUGA